AUGUCUAGAAAUAUGAGUCGGAGGCCCACGGGCGACAGCAGUCAUGGUCUGUCCCUGGGGCGCAGAUUGAUCCAGCCAUUUUCCCAACAAGGCAGCAGGGAGGAGCCGAAGUACAGGCUUUAUCCCGAAAGCUAUGGAGUGUAUAACGGCAUGACAUGGGAAAAGCUCAAAGGAUUCCUGGAGCGCCGUUUCCCCCAAUCCGCCUAUCCUGGACUCGAAUUCCACGAAGACCGAACUCGUGAUCACUGGAUCUUUGCGGUGCCCGAACCGCUAAAUGACGAAGACAAGAGAGAGCUUUUAAAGCUAAGGGAUAGCCACCUGCAGCCGCCGGCCACGUCGCAGGCACAAGGUCGUCGGUCUGUAUCUCCUGAGUAG